AUGUCAAUUGAUAAACAAACUAUUUUAUAUAAUUUAAAUUCAAAAGGAUCAGCUUGUUCAACACCAUUAAUGUUCUCACGUGAUUCAUCUAUGGAAACAUUAUCAAGUUUUAAUGUUAAUUUUCAUUCACAUAAUUCAACAUAUACAUCAGAACAUAGUACAAAUCCAUCAGGAAUUAUAUCACCAAGCGACAUACCAGAUUCACCACCACGUGGUUCAGAUGAUGAUAUUGAUACAAUUGAACAACAAAGAACAAUAAUUCAACCAUUAAAUUUAACCCGUUCAACUGGUACAACUGUUAUUGAGCGAACAGAUAAUUAUCUACAUGAUGAUAAUGAUGUUGAUAGCAUAAGAAAUUAUGCUACAUCAUCACCACAAAGAAUAUCUUAUAAUGAUAACGAUGAUGAUGAUGAUAAUAAUUCAAUUCAUUCAUCAUUAAGUUCGCUAACAUUACCAUUACCACCAUCAUCAUCAACAUCAUCAACAACCCAAACAUUAUUAUCAAAUAUAAAUGAGUUAAGAAAUCUAAAACGUAAUUUAAGUAUUAUUAAUGAAGAAAGUUUACAUGAACAAAAUGAAAGACAAAAAUCAUCAUUUGAUAUAAGUAAUACAACAAUAACAACAACUGAUGAUGAUGAUGAUGAUGAUGAAGAUGAAGAUCAAAAAGGUAAACGAUUAUUAUUUGAACUUAUUCGUCAACGUUUACCACAUCAUCACAUAUCAUUAACCAAUACGUCAGAUUCGUCAUCAAAAAUUAAUGACAUUGAUUGUCAAAAUAAAUCAAAAGGAACAUCAUCAACAUCGUCAUCAUCAAUUAAUGAUCAGGUAAUAUUUCAUAAAGAAAAAACAAGUUUGGUCCCGUUUCAUCGAACCAUUAAGACUGAUUAA